UUCAGUUUUGUUAACGUCGUCGUCCGCGCUGCCUCGUCUAGAAAGAGAGAGAAAGCCAAAUCGAAAAACACCGCUAGCCGCAGUUAGUACGCAAUUUUUUGUUGUUUUUCAAGUUCACCUUAAUAGCUGAUUCUAUAGUGCGUGCAUUAAUUUAUGUCUGUUUAUGACAACGUGCAAUUUGUCGAGCAACAAACACAGCUCUCAUGUACAUAAGUACAUAUGUAUGUAUGUGAGGAGCAAAAGAAAGCUACGAAUGGAAUUGAAAGUGCAAAGUGCGAGGAGUGAGAUUCGUCACGUACAUUGGGGUCCUGACUAACAUAACCUAUCCUGCGAAGCAACUUUAAACAACCUUUUGUAUCGUACAACAAACAAAGCUGCGCUUUAAAUAAUACCCAGCAGUUACCAUUAAAGAAUGAACUUCCAAUCAGAUAUUGGAUCCAGGCCAUGUUCUUCGCGAAUUUAACACUUGAGCCGCUGCUAUUAUUUUGAACACAGCUGUACGCGCUUGCCACUUACAAAACAGUUGCUACAUUGUUAUCUUUGUAAAAUGAACGGAAAACUUGCCAUUUUGCAGCGCACAAAUCGCACGCCAUUUUUUUUUUUUAGCAUGCUCUACGCAUAUUACGAAAUUCGAUCGAAAUUUUAAAGCAAACGGCGAGUUUAAGAAAUUAGGACACCUUUAGACAGGAAACCAAAAGCGGAAGUCGGUGAAGGAGGAAGAAGAGGAUAACGAGUGAGAGUGAGAGAGAGAGAGACACUAACGAAGCCACGCCCACGACAUGAGCAGCAUGAAGGGCAGCUUCGCCACACUGAACCGCUGGUUUGGCCGAAAAAAGGACAAAUCCGGCACUGGCAACUCCUCCAUGGGCAAGUUGUCCAAGUCGUCGACACAGCUCCACCAUUUGUCCACGGACACGGACAUCAACGAGACUAGUCAAUUGGAGUACAACCGGAUAACCCCGGUGCCCGCGGCAACCAGCAAUGCGCCCUUUGAACAGACCUUCCGCAUCACCGUUCUGCUGCCGAAGGAUCAGCUCUUCGUGGCCCGAUUGGGAGCCAGAGUUCCACUGAGUAAGCUCUUGUCCCUCGUCUGCGACAACAAGCAACUGGAUGCGGACAAGUACGAGUUUCGCAGUCCAGUGGAUGCUAGUCAGGUGUACAGCUGCGAAUCAACGAUCGGAACAGUGGGUCUCUCAGAGAUCCGACUGUGCCACAAGUCGGAGUCCUAUGACAACUUCAAUCCGGACGUAAUGCACAAAUUCCAGCGCACCGGUGUCGCUCGAGACUCGUUGAGCAGCAGCUCGGACUUCAGUAGCAGCCGGCACUCAAAGGUCACGGCCAAAACGCCGAGUCCGUACAGUUCCAGCAACUCACUGAACUCCAUGGACUCCACGGGAAUGAACUACACUCGUACCCCGGUGGUGGUGCCACCAGCAAAGGUACUAGCACCGCCACCCCGCAAAAAGCGAACCGCUCCUCGGCCGCCAAGCCAGGUUUGCAUUCCAGAGCAGUCUGUUCCGGAUAUUCCAGCUGCUAACUCGAAAAGCGAACCCGCUUAUGCGGUAAUUGUCAAGCGCCCCCAGCUCUGCAUGUCCACGCCCAACCUCUCCGGUCCCUUGGAGUUGGACUGCAAUGGUAACGGCUCAAAGUCGCCGGAUGAAGACUCAACGGAUGGCCAUUAUGCUACACUGGAUCUGAAACCUCCGAUUGCUGGCGGUCCGGAGCCAACGCCUCGAAAGCGAUUGCUGCAGAUCAAAAAGAAAACGGCACCGGCUCCACCGCCGGACUUUCAAAGUGGGGGAGACAAUAUAUCACUGGCCUCACUACCGGAACCGGUCACACCUACCCCGAAUAUUCCGCAACCAGCGCCUAGGAUAACCACUCCCUUGCCCAUUGCCCCGACAGCCAAUCCUCCACUUGCCCAAGUAAAUGGCAAUGGCAACGGAUCACCGAAUGGAAACGUGUCCAAAGUCCUUCUGAAUAGAACGCCCACUCCGGAGCCCCGAUCCCUGGGCAGUGCCACAGAGGAUGAUGACAACGAUACGGCAUCAAAGCAAGCGGAUUCGGGAAUCGGAGAGCCAGCGCCAUCGCCAUCCGUCUCUCCCGAACCAGAGGCGGAGAAAUCGCAGCAGGAAUCGAGUUCCGAGGACGAUGAGGCAAUCAAGGUGUACAAUUUCAAGCUGUGCCAGACAUCCAAGAAACCUGAACCAUCGGCAGCCACUUUGGCGGAAUUGACAGCUCUGACAGCGCAGGAUAUCGAGGAGGAGGACAAUCACGUGGAUCAGCCAGCGAGCAUAACAAAUGGAAAUCUGGCCACUCCCAGUAGCGAAACAUCGCUCACGUCGUGGAACUACUUGGAUCCCAUCUCUCCCCCUCCCGACUUCUCCGAUCAGCAAAUGCAGAAACGCAAUGCUGGUUCGUUAAGUCCUGGCUCGCCGCUAGACGAGAUCGUGGAUGAACUGGCCACUAUAAUCAACCAACAGCGUCUGGAUACGUUGAUAAAGAAACAACCCGAUCCCCAAAUGGUUGAAAUCGAAUCGGCCAAACCAAAUCGAUUGGCUAACUUCAGCAUAACUACGGCGAAAAGUACGACGAGGAUUGGACGAGCUGACUCCUUUCAGGCAGGCGCCUCAGGCGGAGGGACAGAGGUAGCCUCAUCCGGAAGAGCUCUAAGUCAUCGCAGCUCUUCUCACGUCUCCCUAAACAAGCUGGAGCAGAAUGGCAUUGGUUUGGGUCAGAGACGCUCGUCUAGUGAGUUGAGCAUUGGUGAAUCACCAUCAUUGCAAAGUCCAGAGGUUAUCAAGACCAUUCUGAACUCUAGAAAGAACAGUCUGGCCGAAAGUGGAGGCAGUGCAUCUACUCCUGUUACAGAGCAACCAAAGAUCAUUAAGCAGCUGGAGAGCCUGGCCAAAGAACAAUCAUCAGUGGAUGGAGUAAAAGACAUCAGUUCCUCUCGUUCUGAAGCUUCGCAACAGUCACCUACGCCUGUCCCGAAAAAGUCGAAUCCUGGAGUUGAGAAACCUACAUCUCCGACUUUCAGAGCUGUGCAGGAACCUUAUCCGUCUUCUCCUGCACUGCAGAAGUCAUCUCCUGCCGUACAAGAGCAGAGAACUUCUCCAGUUGAAAGGCCAUCGUUACCUCCAGCUGUGAAAUCUGUCGAGGAGCAAGCUGUUUCGUUGCAUCAAAAGGAGAUAGUUGUACAGAAAGAAUCGCCGCCACUUGAGUCCAUGAAGGAGUCAUUUGUUAUUGUGUCAAAGAUGUCUCCGCCAGCUGUCAAGAAGGUCCCAGAUCCAUUCCCAAAAGUUGAAGCAGUCAAGGAGGAAUCAUCAGGCAAUGAGAGCUCCCAAUCCACGAUAACUCCUCCAAAUACCCCAGCCACUCCAGUCAGUCCGGUUAAUUUACGAAACCCCAAUAACACAAUGGCGGAAAUUGAACAAAGCCAGCGGGAUGAACCAGCUCCGAGCUCCAAGCCUCUGCCAACCACAUAUCGGUAUUCCGGACCACCGAGCAUUAAUUUCGCCACCUGGAGCGAGCGACCCAAAUCCACUGUGGCCAUUAAGAACGAAGGCGACUAUAUCUUUGGCGGGGCAGGGAAGUCGCAACAGUUGACUUCACCGCCUUCCAAGCUCACCAUCGGAGUGGCUUCACCCAUUUUGAGGAUGGGUAUUCCGCAGGGAAAGGAGUAUCAUGUUCCCAUUACGGUUAAGCCACUAAAGGAUGAGAUUUUGGAAAAUCAACAGCAGGAAAAGAAGGAGAAGCCGGAGGUCCAGGAGCUAAAGGAUCAAGAAAUCGAAAAGGAAAGUGUUUCAGUUAAAGUAAAGCCUAAAACGCCGGUGAAGCCGGUACAAAAACGUAUAGAAAAACCACUGGAUCAGGACCAAAACUCCCUUCAAAACCAUUCCUCUACAUUGCCGCGUCCAGCCAAAAGCAAUCGAUUCACUCUACCCGCUGCCCAAAACAACCAAAUGGUCUCCCACUUGACCAUGAACUCCCUUCCACGCCCUGUUUCCAGUUUGGAGAGGAACAGACCAGUGGAAGCCAAUCCUGCACCAGCGCCCUUUGGCCAGAGUACUCUACGCCGCACAGGCUUCAAGGAACGUAUGUUGGCCAAGGAGCAGCAGGAACAGGAGCAGGCCUUGAGAAUAAGGGUGUCCGUGAACGAAAGCAUUCCUUCUUCAGCUACCGCGCCCAAGUCCCCGCCAGAAAGCAAACCAGCACCGCCGUCAAUAAGUGGCUACGUCGCUCUGAAGUCCACCAAAGUGGAGGUAAAGCUCCAGGAGCCAGAAACUAAGCCGGUGAGCCUGCAGGUCAAACUCAAGCCCACUGUCCAGCCAGCGACCACACCCUCCCCUCCGCCGCCGCCUCCGGCACUGCAGCCCGUGAAAACCAACGGCGGACGCAGUGGUCCCACCGCGCCUGAUCCGCGCUCCCAACUGUUGGACGCGAUACGGAACUUCAAACGCGAGGACCUCAACCGAUCCUAAGUUUUUGAAAGUGAACUGAGGAGAGUCGGGCAAAAAUUAUUGAAGCAGCGCACAAGUUAUAUAUUUUUUAAACCGUUAACAAUACAUUUUGUGUUGAGUUUGUAUAUAAUUUCGAUAAAGCCAAGAUUUAGUAAAACUUAUUUUCACCUCAUCCCCGUGCUUUUAAAGUGCCCCCCCCCCCCACAUUUUUUUAACUAAUCUUAGUUUUUGUUAUGAACUAUGUAGUUUUUUAAAAGUUUGUUUUAGUCAUUAGGUCACAAGAGAACCCAAAAAAUUAACAAGAAAACGAAAAGCGCAAAAUUUAUCUAUAUAAAUAUAUAUCUAUAUAUAUAUAUGUAUGUUAUUAUGCCGAUAUAAUAUUUCUUACGUCAUAGUGAAAUAUAGUAACCAAUUUUCUAACCAAUGGGACUGGUCUACUUAGUCGUGUCAAAUAAAUAAAAGCAAACGGUAGCGAAACAAACUAGCCCAAUACCGAGAGUUACUAAUGCUAAUAAAUUAUUUUUAAACAACUGCAGUUAAUGCGCUGAUGUGUAUAUAUAUAUAUGGCAUUGUAUUAAACUGAAUAAAAUAAAAAAAUAAAAACAG